AUGAAAAAUGCUAGCGAGAAAGUUGAGAAAAUCCUCGGCCGUUAUUUGUUAAGUGUUGAAACAUGUGAAGGAGUUGAUGUAAGAGAGGUAGAAAAGAAUGAUGAACUUCCGGAAUAUCUCCCAUCAGAACUAUUUACAAAGCAAACAGUACAAUACUCAGAAAAUGCAAGUUUAAUCAGCUUGGUUAGGAUUGAAAAAGUCAAGAAACUUGUGAAGGAGAAUAAAAAAGAUGAAAGCAUGGGGGUAUGGUUAAACCCAAUAAGUGGAGGAUUUUAA